AUGGCAGAUGAGGGGAGCCGUCUUCGCUCUUACUCCAUUACAGCCGCCUGCCUUCAUGCCUGGGGAGCGGGCAGCGCUCGGCGGACACGGGGGAAGCGCCUGGCUCUGCCUCCCAGCCCCGAGGCAUCUCCCCCGCCGGGGAGGACGGCGCUUCACGACAUCGAAGAAAGAGCCCGGUUGGGAUGGGAACAUAUCCAGACGCGCCCACAGCGUUGUCAGUCAGCGCGGCCCCCGCGGGCUGGCCCGGGCACGGAGGGCGAGCUAAGGGCUCACGGCAGCGCCGCGUCCCAUCCCGGCAAAGGUCUCUGUCCUCUGGCCGGCCCUCCUCGCUGCCUCACGCUCCGAGGAAGGCGGCGGCGAGACCCGCCGCUCUCACGGCGAGGGCUGCGGCCGCAUCCCGGCCCAUCUGCCUCCCGCGCCGGGCGGGCUCCUCCGCGCUGCCCCGGCCCCCGCCGCAGCACCGACGCCACCCCCGGCCACCCCGACAAAGGUGGGGUCCGGGGCGGCGAGGCCCCUCCUCGGCGACUCCAGCUGCGAGCGCACCCGGCUGCUCUCCGCAGGCGAAGGCCCUUCCCCUCCUCCGCCGCCCGCCCCGAGUUUCCACAGCGCCGGGCAGCCCGGCCCGGCCUCCUCCCUCCGGUCUCGGCUCAGCCUCUCCGCGCUGCCAGCGCCUUCCUCCCCCCGCGCCGGGUUCGCCGGCGAGGGGCCGCUCCGCCUCCUUCCCCUGCCCGCCGCCGGCUGCGGGCGGGAGCCGAGCGAGGGCCGGAGCUCCGCCGCCGCCCGCGCCCCCUCUCGCCCGCCCGCCCCAACAGCACGGGCAGCUCCAGACACAAAGGGGAGUCGCUGCCGCCGCCGGCCCGGGCGCCCGUCCCGCCGCGCCGCCCCCGCCGCCCGGCCCCGCCCCGCACCAUAGAGGUGGCUCCAGGCAGGAAGAACACUAUCCACGACAGUCAGUCUGCCCUGCCAAGACGCGACAGUGGCAAAACCUCAUCACAUACCCGAGCAGGCUCUCGUGCUCCCAGUCCUACUAACAGCCUUAAGGAAAUGACUCAUAAAAGUCUAUCUGAAGACUGUUACAACUUCACUUUUCUUUGUGUCUGAAGCAUAGAAAAGAGCACCAACUGUCAAGCUUUUGGGAAAAAUCCCCACAUUUGUGAAUAUGAACUGGUGUUUUCAGUCCUGGGUUUUUCUAAUUCUUCCAUGUUGCUGUCUAACCUACUGCAAGGUGAAUCACACUCCACAAUGAAGUGAUGACAUCACCAUCCUAUAACAGAAGUUUUGUGGCAGCUUUGUUUACCUUUUCAUGGCAAACUUUUAAUAAAUUUAAUGCAAAAAUUAAUUACACCACUUUUGUGGCAGUCCCCAGAAAGAUCUAUUUUGGUAUUUACCUUCUUUUGUUUUAUGCUGGUCUCACAUUCACUGAUUUUGGUAUAGUGAGUGGUUUCCUAUGGGGAGCCCAUAAUUGCACGAUCAAAGGUGUGAGGAUAAAGCCUGGGAACAUAAGCAAGUGGUGUGGGACAGGUAAGGCUUUGGUACACAGGGAGGAGGAGGAGGAAGGUGCACACUGUGGGAUAAGCAAAGGGAGUAUUUUGUAUCUAAAAGGAUUAG